GGUUAACGACACAUCCCAAGAUGGCGGUGCAAAUUUCCAAGAAGAGAAAGUUUGUCGCUGAUGGUAUCUUCAAAGCUGAACUGAACGAGUUCCUCACAAGAGAGCUGGCUGAGGAUGGCUACUCAGGUGUGGAGGUUCGUGUCACCCCAACUAGAACUGAAAUCAUCAUCUUGGCUACCAGGACACAGAACGUGCUUGGUGAGAAGGGGCGUCGUAUACGUGAGCUGACUGCAGUGGUCCAGAAGAGGUUUGGCUUCCCCGAGGGCAGUGUGGAGCUGUAUGCUGAGAAGGUUGCCACUCGUGGUCUUUGUGCCAUUGCCCAGGCAGAGUCUCUGCGCUACAAGCUUCUCGGGGGUCUCGCUGUCCGCAGGGCCUGCUAUGGUGUCCUACGGUUCAUCAUGGAGAGCGGGUCCAAGGGUUGCGAGGUGGUGGUCUCUGGAAAACUCAGGGGCCAGAGGGCCAAGUCCAUGAAGUUUGUGGAUGGCCUCAUGAUCCACAGUGGAGACCCCGUUAACUACUACGUCGACACCGCUGUCCGCCACGUGCUCCUCCGCCAAGGUGUGCUGGGGAUUAAGGUGAAAAUCAUGCUGCCCUGGGAUCCCAGCGGUAAGAUUGGCCCCAAGAAACCUCUCCCUGACCACGUGAGCAUCGUGGAGCCCAAGGACGAGCAGGUCCCCUCAACGCCCAUCUCUGAGCAGAAGGGAGCCAAGCCGGAGGCCGCUGUCGUCGCACCUGCCACACCCGUCCCAACAGCAUAACCAUGAGGGACCCCACGCCAGCGUCUCACAUUUUCAAUUGAGCUCGGGACAGACGGCUGUAGGCUUUUUGUGCGAGGGAUAAGAGGUAAUCAGUUAUUUUAUGACAUUUCCAGUGGAUAGGAGCAUUACACUUGAACCUUUCAUGUCAAGUGGUUAUCGAAAGGGAGAGAGAUUGAAUUACUUGUCAAAUACAUUGAGUUACUAUUGUCGUUCUCAGUGAAUUCUAAAAAAAAAAAAGCUUUAUCUUGCUGUUUUGAAGAACAUUUGAGGAGAAACUCUACAGCUGGUGAGUUAAGACAGUCAGAAAUACAAUCAAAAUGGGCCCAAUUUGGCACAAGUACAGGCCAAGUAGCCCGGACCUACUUCUAUAUGUAUAAUUUGGGGUCUUGUACCAAAAUUGUUGCUUGCGACUUCUGCACUAAAGAACUCUUGUUUGAUCAACAGAUUAUCGACCAGACAAUAGCCCUCAUCCAUAUGUCUAUGAAUUUGGGGGUGAUUGCAUUUCUCCUGCCCAUCCCUCAGCUGUCUACUGAAACAAUGGUGGGGUACCGUCUUGUUUGAACUGCAGAAUGUCUUUUUAAAGCGUCGUAGAAGGGUUUAAAGCAAGAGUAGGCAACUAGAUUCAGGAGUGAUUUUUGUCAGGUGGCCGGAACAUAAUUAAUGAUUUGUACACUGCACAUUGACCACAACUAAGAUAUUGUAUUUAAAAAAAAAUCAUACCUUGAUUACAUCUGUGUAUUUGUUACAAUUUAGCCUCCCCAUCUUCCACUGAACUUUCGGGGGCCAGCGGGCAGGGCCGCCUGUUGCUGACCCUUAGUUUAAAGGUGGCGAAAUGUCAAUGAUGUCCCUUUGUUCUUUUCCAGGUCAUCGUGAGUGGAGGAAGUUCUCCAAAUACCUUUUUGUUUUUCAAGAAACAAAUAAAAUAUUUAAAUGUUGUCUUAA